AUGCCUGAAUCACCAUCCCACAGUUAUUCCGCCCAGUCAAUUGCCGGUGGUGCUGGUCUUCGUCCUACCCCAGCAAAUAACGUAGGCGGCGGAUCGGGCUGGGGCGACAAUGGCUUUAGAAAGGGUGGCACAGACAGCGAUGAUGAAGAUAGUCAUCAGGACUUUGGUCACGGAACCGAACCUCAAGGAGUAACUAUGGCCGAUGCGAUGAAGUCGCAGCAACAUAAAAUUCAUGCCAAAUAUGGGUUUUUGGACCAGUCAGAGAGUGCACGUCAUGCAGCCCAUGUGAAGCCGAUGAGCCAGCAUGGUGAGCCAACUUGUGCUAGUGAGGACCAUAGUUUUAUGAAUCAUAAGCCUGGAGGAUCAAGGACAAUGCCUGGAUGGGGAACUAUGAGAAAUUUGAUGGGAGCGUAA